CGGAAAACCCCAUUGUCGCUUGCUGCUGCACUUUCGUGCCAGACCACCGCCAUGUCGCUGUCGAGCUCCGCGCAGAGCGCGCCCGCCUACUUUCAAGCUCUUCUCGACCGCGGGCAAAAGCGAGCAAAUACUAGCAGCGACGAGCCCGUGCUGCAGCUGGGACUGGGUGACAUUGCGCGCAAGGUGCGCAAUCUAGGAAAAGGCUUCACCGACGCCAAAGCACACUAUCUGCUGUCGGCCUCGGGCGUCAACACCAGCGAAGCUCUGCGCGACCUGGAGGAGCUGUCGGGCUUCCGAGCGGCACCAUCGCAGCCGCAGCAGCCAGUGUCUGCGCAGAAUGGCGGCGACAUCAAGGAUGUGCUGGCCCAGCGCUACCAGAGCGAUUUUCAGAAGAUGGUCGACAGCCACAUUGCGCGCGCACACGACGAUUUCGACAAGAUGAUCGAGGAGAGACUGCACGGCGUGGACUGGGAUGCGCAUCGGCAGCGGAUAUAUGAACACUUUGGGCUGAAGAAGCCACAGCAUAUGGAGGAGAACAAUGCUGCUGCCAAUGCCAAUGGGCACCCAUCAGCAAGCCAGGCCCAGAGCCAGAGUGGCUUUGGACGUUCCUCGAGGCGCGGACGAACAUCCACCGCGAACAAGUCGUUUGGUCUGUCGAGGAUGAACCGUUCGGUCAUUGGAUCAGUCGCUCAGCGCGGUCUCCGUGGUAGUCAUUUUGGGGACAUUGCAGAGAGAGCCUCGGACAGCAUGCAACCCGCACCCGACGACAACUUGUUGCGCCGGAAGCAAGAGAAGUACUCCGAUAAAGUCAAAGAUCUGAAUGUCGCGAGGCUGCAAGAGAAGAACUACACCGUCUUUGCACAAUUUGCCGAGGCCGAAGCUGAGCCAUCGAGCGAGGAUAACUCCAUGCUGAUCAAUGCAUACAAAGCACUGGUGGAGAUGGUGGGUGAAGACGAAACGGCACAAACCCUCAGCGACCCUGGCGCUAUCAAAGAGCGCACCUUCGCCAAGUCAUAUCUGGACGAAGCAGUGAGCUCGCAAGACAGCAGCGCGGUGCGGGAGCGCAUCUUGAACGGCUCGCGCAGGUACCUGGAGAAGCUAUUCCUCUCCCAGCUGGAGGCAGUUGUGGCCAAGAAUCCACGGGAAGCGAACAUUGGUGGCGUGCCAGAUCCCAUCUCAAGAGUGAAGGGUUUUGUUCGUGUUCGAGAAGUUCGAAAGGAGCUGGGGCCGAACAUCGAGCUACUGCAAGAAAUCAACGACAAGGAAAAGUGCUGGGCUGUCAUUUUCUACCUGCUCCGAGCUGGACUGUAUGGAGAUGCCCUGGAGUACGUGAACGCGAACUACGCUGCGUUCCGACAGAUUGACCGAAUGUUCCCCCGCUACAUCAGAGCCUUUGCCGAGAGCAAUGAUCACAGACUUCCUCCAGACUUGCAGACCAGCAUUCAUAAUGAGUACAGCCAACGCCAGCGACUGGCUCCAGAAGACUCCAUCGAUCCAUACCGCAUGAUGUGCUACAAAGUCAUUGGACGAUGCGAAAUCACGCGACGGAGCCUGGACAACAUCACCAACGACAUGAUGGAUUGGCUAUGGCUGCAAUUUGCGCUCGCACGAGAAUACUCCCGCGUCGAGGAAAUGGCACAUGAAGCCUUUGGCCUUGCGGAAGUGCAAAGUUCCAUCAAGGAUAUUGGCGAGAGGUACUUUGGCGCUGGUAGUGACAUUGCCAACGCACCUACCACCUUUUUCUUCAUGCAGAUCUUGGCUGGUCUCUUCGAAAAGGCCGUUGCAGAUCUGUAUGCGCACAACUACCUCACCGCUGUGCAUUUCGCUAUCGGCCUCGACUUCUAUGGUCUGCUUCGUGUCAGCGACAUCAGCAACAGCGACGACCUCCUCAGCUACACCACGAGACAAGAGCCCCAGAUUGCAUUUGGCAGCAUGAUCGGGCUAUACACCCGCGACUUCCGCACGGGGAACGCCACAGCUGCGGUCGACUACAUCUCACUCAUCUGUCUCAACGCUGACCUCACAGGAGAUCUCGGCAAAUCCCAGAAAGAGCUAUGCUAUCAAGCGCUCACUGAAGUUGUGCUCGAAACUCGCGAGUUUGCGCAACUGUUGGGUGACAUCCGCGCGGAUGGACAACGCAUCAAGGGCGCUAUUGAGCAGCGGUUACCACUCAUCAAGCUGAACAACGAUCGAGAUUUCUUGAAGCAUAUCACGCUAGUUGCAGCGCGGACAGCCGAGGAGCAAGGCCGGACCACGGAUGCCGCACUUCUAUACCAUCUGUCAGAAGACUACAACAAGGUUCUGACAGUGGUCAACGACGCUCUAUCGUUGGCUCUGACAACAGAGCUUGGCGACACUCCAGCGCGACUCAUGCCAUUGAAGCCACGCAAUGUCAACAGCCACAACAACCAGGACGAGGCGCAGAUGCAAGCAAGCUUGAGUUUAACGUCUAUCGACGACCCCAUUCAGCUGGCCUCGGACAUCAAGUCACUCUAUUACAGCGAUGCCAUGUAUCUCAACAAGAUUGACAAGAGGCACAGCGAUGCGUGCGAGGUUCUUCUACGGCUUGCCAAGGCCCGUAAACAACUGGACGCAGGGAGAUGGGCCCUCGUCAUCGAUGCUGUCGCAGAAGCCGACGUCAUCCCCACCGACACCAACGGCGAAGUCUCGGCCAUCCGCAGUAAAGCGCAGGCGUUUGAACUCAUGCCUCCUGCAGUCGGUCGCACGAUUGGCCACGUCAUGGUGUGGACCGUGAUAUCUUGCAGUAACGAAGCGGAGAAGAUUCGCAGCCAAGAGUACGAGACGGGUGCAAGGCGAGAGAUUGUUGCCAAUUGUGUACAAAAAGCCAAAGAUGUGAUGGUGUUUGCUGGUUUGAUCCGAUACAAACUGCCCGGGAGGGUAUGGGAGACGCUUGCGAGAGCGGGUCAAGAUCUGGGCGCAUUCUGAACAGAGAGCAAAAAAAAACGGGGUUUCAAUCGAGUUGUGAGAGGACAAUCCGAGAGUUGUGAGAGAGGCCGAGAAAAAUUGGUGAUUUUGGUGUAGAGCAAAGAAAGCAUGUUGUUGGACAAGCUAGAUCUCCUCGCUGUUGCUGCUGCUGCUGAAGCUUCCUUUCUUCUCGCCCUGGAUGAGAUGAUGAUGAUGGAGAGAUCAGCAAGAAGACAAAUUGAAGGACCACACCCAAGUUACCAUUACCAAAAGCCUUGCUAUACCUGACAGACAACAUCACACACAGGAAGGAGGUAUACUGUACAUUGAGUAAGAUAAUAUCAGGUACACAAGACGUUGAACGCG